AUGUCAAAACAGGAGAUCAGGCAGAUGGUGAGCUACCUCUCAUUUGUAGUUAAGCUGACAUCAGGCCGAGGCCAUCUUCGACGAGCUGCUCGGCGACUCUGUGCUGACGACGACGAUCGAGGCGCACCGCGAGAUCAAGCGCGGCCAGGUCGUCUGCAGCCAGUGUGGGACGAGGAUCAAGCUAACAACAGGUGUCGGUCGCACCAACCCCUGUCGUCGCGGGAACCGACGCCGUCACGAUCAAACGGCUACGCCGUAGGCCCGGAGAAGGGCACGGGUGGCGGAACAGGAAUUGCCUCAGGCAGCGGCCGCGUCGACUCGAGUGGUAAUGCCUUCUUCGAUUGUCUCGUGUGCGGUCGUUCAAUCACAUCAAACCGCUACGCGCCGCAUCUGGCGUCGUGUCUUGGCUUAUCGGGCUCGACGCGGCGGGGCGCCUCGCGCAUGGCGGCGGCCAAGGCGAGGCUGGGCACGGAUCGGGCCAGUCCCUCGCCGUACCUCGCCAGCGAGGACAGUGAUGCCGAGAGUGUCUCGAGCAAGCGGAGAAAACUAAACGGCAAGCGCGCCGCCUCCCCGCAAAAGCCCACCUUCAAGAAGAAGCUGCAAGGCCACACGUCCGGCAGUGCGCCGCCCCGGAUGCCCUCCAAGCUCGGGCGUCCGCCCAAGUCGGCGGCGACUCAGAAGGCCCACUCGGCCUCGCCAUUCACGAAAGCCGGCUCGGGCAGUGCCAGCCCAAAGUCAGCCGGCGUCACGGGCAAGUCGGCCUCGCCUGAUAAACCCGUCAGUAAACCCGGCCCGAAACCGGGCGCCAAGGCUGCGGCUGCAAAGGAGGCGGCAGCGGCGGCGCGCGAGGCGGCGGCCAAAGAGGCGAAGAGUAAGAGUAAGAGUAGGAGUCCGGCGCCGCCUGCGCCAGCUCCGGCGCCUGCGCCUGCCCCGCCGCCCGCGGACGAGAGUUCAGAGGGAGAGGACGAUUACUAG